GCCUGCCAAGGGGAGGGGGAAAGAGGGAGGGGGGCGUGGCUGAGGGGGGCGGAUCUGGACUGGAGAGUGAAAGCGAAAGCUGGGGGCCCCGUAGACCCGAGGGCUUGCAACUGGGGGAGCAUGGCGAAGCCUUGUGGGGUGCGCCUGAGUGGGGAAGCCCGAAAACAGGUGGAUGUCUUCAGACAAAAUCUUUUCCAGGAGGCGGAUGACUUCCUCUGCAAAUUCUUGCCACAGAAAAUCCUAUCCCUGAGUCAGCUCUUGCAGGAGGACUCCCUCAAUGUGGCUGAUCUGACCUCCCUCCGGGCUCCACUGGACAUCCCUAUUCCAGAUCCCCCACCCAAGGAUGAUGAGAUGGAAACAGAUAAGCAGGAGAAGAAAGAAGUCCCGAAGUGUGGCUUUCUCCCGGGGAAUGAGAAGCUUCUGGCCCUGCUCACUGUGGUUAAGCCAGAAGUCUGGACUCUCAAAGAGAAGUGCAUUCUGGUGAUCACAUGGAUCCAGCAUCUGAUCCCCAAGAUUGAGGAUGGAAAUGAUUUUGGGGUGGCAAUUCAAGAGAAGGUGCUGGAGAGAGUGAAUGCCGUCAAGACCAAAGCAGAAGCCUUCCAGACAACCAUUUCCAAGUACUUCUCCGAACGUGGGGAUGCUGUGGCCAAGGCCUCCAAGGAGACCCAUGUAAUGGAUUACCGGGCCUUGGUUCAUGAGCGAGAUGAAGCAGCCUAUGGGGAGCUCAGGGCCAUGGUGCUGGACCUGAGGGCCUUCUAUGCUGAGCUUUAUCAUAUCAUCAGCAGCAACUUAGAGAAAAUUGUCAACCCAAAGGGUGAAGAAAAGCCAUCUAUGUACUGAGCUCAAGACUAUAAGGAAAAUAAAUACUUAAACUUUGUGUGGAUUA